AUGUGGAUCAGAUGGUAAUUGUUUAUUUCCUUAAUAAUGUAUUGCAUGCUUAUGGAUAAGAGUGGUGAAUAUGUCAAUUUAAUAAGGAAAAAAUAAAAUAGAGAAUUUGUUACUGAAUAAUCUAUUCAUUUUGGUGGAUUAAUGAUUGACGAUGAAGUGCAUUUAAUUCAUGGGGUAAUAAAUCAAAUUAGAUUUAAAUUAGAAAAUAUAAUGA